AUGCGCUGUUAUGUGUCAUCGUUAGGUCGGUUGAUAGUUUGGACGAGAUGGCCCAAGUGGUUAGAGCGCGGAUUUACUGACCGGAAGGUCCGUGGUUCGAAUCCGACCUGUGCCUCUCGACGUCCCCUGUCUAUGCGUGGGCAACCUGACAGUAUCCCAGCCCUCGUGCUUCCUUCGGGUGGCAUGACAGCUAGGCAUCGGAAGGGUGCUACAGCUGAACGCGCGGCUGAUGGAUUGCGACGGGACUCUGCACUUGAGAUUUAUCGUGGACCGGAUCGUGUUUGGUGGCUUCGAAGUUUUGGUAUAUUCUGCUUGGGGCAGGCCACUGUUUGGUCGGGCCUUACCUAUUAUCGAGAGUGGUAUGAUAAGGCCAAACAUGCGACUAUGAAAAGGCAACUAGCCGAUCUGGUCAUCACUGCUAAAGGUACUUUGUCCCAGCAACCUGAGGAUGAUAGGCCGUUGGACUCUGUGGAACUGACACCUGCCCCGGAAACAACGUCGGAUGGAGGGCACGAGCCUUCAAGCAAGACUGCACAGUGGCUGGCAUCAUUUGCGCCGAAACUUGCCGAGUUUUCAUCAAAAACAAAAAAGUUCGACGCGGCGGUGGUUCCAAUUUUGACAGUUGUUAUUGCUGGCAUGAGUUUUGGACUAGGACUUCUGUUGCCUCGGCGUAUUGUUCGUCGUAUCACUCUGCUCGGUACUGGUUCCGGAACUUCCAAAUUCCAAAGAGCCGAAGCGGUAGAAAUACACACCUACGGGGCUUUUGGUCUUCGCCGUGAGGGAGUCAGAUUUCGUGUCCCUCUAUCAUAUGUCUCCGCGCAGAAAUCGCGUUCCCAAGAUUCGCCAUUACUUGGAUUUUCCUGGUUAGAGCGCAAAUUUACUGACCGGAGGAUCCGUGGUUCGAGCCCAAUCUCUGCCUUUCGACUGCCCCUGUCUACGAUUGGACAACCUGGUAGCAUCCCAGCCCUCGUUGUUCCUAAGGUUGGCAUGACAGCUAGCGCGAAUUUACUGACCGGAAGGUCCGUGUUUCGAACCCUAUCUCUGCCUCUCGAUUUCCCCUGUCUAGGCUUGGACAACCUGGCAGUAUCCCAGCCCUCGUGCUUCCUCCGGGUGGCAUGGCAAGUCAUCGAUGAAAUAAUGAUCUCAACGCUAGGUCCUCAAAACCCAGAUGUUCAAAUCGUUCCUGAUGAGGACCUUGUGGAGAACGUGGACCUCAUCGUCUUCAACUUCGAAGACGAAGAAGGGGCACAAACUCUGUUGAAUCUUCAGCAAUGUGCUUUGUAUCUGCAAAGUGUGACGUCUGCAAUCAGAAUAUUCAGUGUGAACUUGUUUCUGCAAUUCAAGGAGGUGGUGAUGGUUGCGGAAAACUUUCUGUACCCAGGUACUUGUAUCAGCUAUUACGGCAAGCCCGGUUCUAGUCAAAAGGCACCUGCUGUGCGCAGUCGCAUCAGGAGUGAGACAGUAAUGCUCUACUACCUGAGCCCUCGAGCCAGGCCGGCCCCCUACAGCCAAGACCCCACUUCGGUCGUGCUCCUCAGGCCUCUUAGAGCGAGACAGACGUUCCACAUUUCACUCUUCGGGCAUCCAGUGAUCCUGAUGCGACGGCUCGCGGAACUGCACCCAAGUGUCACAGUAGACUGGAUCCCAGAAAACAGUCGUCUUUGCGCUGUGAGGUUGUCCGGCUCAAUUAAAAUUAACGCAGGUCGAUGUGGUAAAUGGUGUUUGUUUGUCGUAUCAGCAUACGCCCCAACGGAUAGCAGUUCUCAGACUGAGAAGGACACGUUUUAUCAAGAUCUAUCACGACUGUUUUGGUCAGCAAGACGGACAAAUAUAGUAGUCCUGACUGGUGAUAUGAAUGCCUGA